AUGACAGUGGAGGUGACAACUGGCAGCGCUGGAGGCACCGGGAAGCUAAUCAUCUGCUUUGCCUAUUUCCCGUAUGGAGAGAAGGUGCCACCACCGGAACUGAUCAAGCUGGUAGAUUUCUGCCAGAAGGAAGAACUGCCACUACUGAAGAAGUUGCUGGAGUAUCUGGUAACAACCGAUCUGGAAGUUCUAAAUAAAGGUAAUAAACCCACCUUUUACGCGGCGGAGACGAGCGAGGUACUCGACCUUACUCUCUGUUCAUGUGGAUCCGUGCGAAAGGUGACGGAUUGGAAGGUGUCGGAUGAGCCCUCGCUCUCCAACCACAGGCUAAUAACCUUUAGACUUUCAGAUCUUAAAGUGGAGGUCAAGGAACCCAAAGAGGACGGACUGGGACUCCUAUCAGAGGGACCUGGAAAUGAACUUCAGGGAUUUUCCCAAAAGAAUCUCAAACUCAAGGAUCGACGGACCUGUAACAGGGCGAGGAACACGAGCCGACCCUCCGAUUGGAAUCUUUAUAAGAAGACUCAGAAGGAGUACAGGUAUUCUGUGGUGGAAGCAGAGAAGAGCUGGCGGGAUUUCUGCGAAUCAGUGGAGGGAAUACCGGCCACCGCCAGGCUUUGUAGAUUUCUGUCCAGGAACCAGGAUGCUACAUUGGAGGUAGUCCGAAUGUCGGACGGCACCAUGGCUUCCGUAGAGAGAUACUUGGUGUACCUUCUGGAAAUCAACUUUCCUGGUUUCCAGGAGAGUCUGGACAGGUAUUGGGAAGUUGACACGGGAUUUUUCAUGUGCCAACGAUUGGAAACUAGCAGCCGAAAUUGUGAGGCUAACCAAGGUCAGAUGGUCGAUUGGUUCCUUCCAACCGGCAGGAUUCAAGUCGGCGGGGGCCGACCUUGUUUUCCCGGCUCUCUUUCAGAGAGGAUUGGAGCAGAUGAUCGGGCCCCUCAAAAAGGUGCUGAGGGUCUGUCUGGCCCUUAG